AUGCGACCCUUCCUCCCUCUUCUCCUCCUAGCUACCUCAGCCCUCAGCAAUCCCCUCGCCCCCCAUCACCAAAAACGCGUAUCAGGAACCUCCAUCGUAAACCUAGGGAACAACACCGGCACCCCCUCGCACCUCGCCUCCGGCAUCCUCUACGGCAUCCCAGACACGCCGGGUCAGAUCCCAGGGUUUCUGUAUGAGGAUAUGGGAUUCAACUAUGCGCGAGCAGGUGGGGCUCAGGUGGCGGCGCCGGGACGGGGGUGGAUUUGGGGAGUAGCGGAGUAUACGAACCGCUUUGCGUCAGCGCUGUCGAAUUACAAAACCGCGCGUACAUACGAUGCGAAUUUUAUUUUUCUGAUUCAUGAUCUGUGGGGUGCUGAUGGGACGCAAAAUUCUACUGCGCCGUAUCCGGGGGAUGAUGGGGAUUGGUCGAGUUGGGAUGCCUAUUUAACCCGCUGGAUCUCCGAUAUGAAAGCAAACGAUGCUACAGACGGCCUCUCAAUCGAUAUCUGGAACGAACCAGACCUGACGUAUUUUUGGAACGCGCCACAAGCACAGUACUUCCAGAUGUGGGGUCGUACGUAUCAUCGCCUUCGAACUGAACUUCCGAGCGUCAAACUCAUUGGCCCGGCUUUUGCUGGACAGCCUGAUGCUUCUAACAACUGGUGGACGGGGUUCUUGAGCUUCGUUGCGAGUAAUGCGAGUGUGCCGGAUGAAUGGGUGUGGCAUAUGGAAGGUGGUGGUGGAGAUAUGGAGGGAGCAUAUGGGGCUUUAUUCAACCUUCUGGAAACCUACAGUCUCCCAAACCACCCCAUAAACAUCGAUGAAUACGGAAUAUACGACGAACAAGUUCCCGCUGGUUCAGCUUGGUGGAUCUCUCAACUCGAGAGAGUAAAUGCAAUCGGCCUACGUGGUAACUGGCUGAGUGGGACCCAGCUUCAUGACUUCCUUGCGUCGCUGCUCUCCAAACCCAAUGCUACCACCUCGUCUUACAGCGCAACGGCAGGUGGCUAUUUCCCAAAUGGCGACUACCAGGUGUACAAAUACUACAAUCUGAACAUGACGGGCUAUCGUGUUGGCAGCUCCCCUUCCACGGACCUGAAACUAGACACGUAUGCCACUGUUGGUUCAGAUACAGUCAAGGUUCUCACUGGAGUUCGUAUCACCACCGGAACAUGGCAAGUUGAAAUCGACGAUCUCUCAGCCGUGGGGCUGGCAACUUCAGGAACGCUGAAUAUACAUACCUGGAGCUUUCCCGCCACUGGAGGACAUUUCGGCGAAGUGGAUGGGCCAACGGAUUUAGGCUGGUACGAGCACACGUAUUCUGGAAACAGUGUCACGUUUCCUAUUUAUCAGACAGACACCUCGACUGCAUAUGCAUUUGAGUUUCUGCGCGGAUAG